AUGGUUAACAAAGCGAGGAAAAGAGAGGCGUGGAGUGUUGUUGGGAGAGGAUCUGGGUCGCUCGGAGAUCUGUCCCCGAGCGUUGAUUUUACCACUAGCGAGCUGAGUCUGAGUGAGUUCCCAAAGGAGGAAGACGUCUUGUCGAGCACCAGCAGCGACUACUCCAAUGAGCGGACGGCUGCGAGUCGUUCUAACGUGGAGGGAUUGGAAGGAAAGGUAACCAAAGUGGAAGAGGCUUCUGAAGUUGCAAACUCUCAAGAUACGCUCUCUGGGGUGACCCCCGAAGAUCCCACUGCGGCAGGCAGUAGUUUCAUGGUCCCCACUCGUGCGAGGGCACGUUGCAGCCAGUGGACCACCGCAGUGACUGCCCCACCAGAGAAGAGUACACCAAUUAACAGAAGUGGAGACGAUUGGGUUGUAUCGGUCAAAGUUCUUGUAGUUACAGUUCUUGUCACUUUUCUCACUACGUUACUGCUUCAGAGAGGUUACGACCACUGGCUGGAACGGUCCCGUGUUGGAUCCCGUGGCAAGCUAGAUAUGAGACACUGGCAAAUUGUCGGUGGUGUGGACCAUUGGGCCACUCUAGCCCACGACCGGGGGCUUCCCCAGAGAGCCUCGUGGAACCCCACGGGGAACCCCACUGGGAAAUACUACGUUGAUUUCGACAACCGAUUCAUCUGCCCACUACAAGAGGGCGAUGUAGUCGGUUGGCGCCGGUUCAAGACCGUGGCGCGCAUUGCGAGACACACCGCCCGAAGCAAGCUUUGCCAACUGUACACCGCCUCGAAGCAGUGGUACGAGAAGACCGCUGCGGAGUUUAGUGGUGUAUGGGCACAGACCCGUCGGUACAGGGCACUCAGAAGUGCCGAGUUCAAAAGAGGCUACCACAGACUGUGCCAUCGAGCAGGCACCCUCGUGAGACGGUACACCUCCACGGGCAGACGCUACAUACACUUACACCCACGCCGUACAGUGGAGCGACUACGCGGGACACUGUCCCGCUGGAUCCCACGACUACACUGA